AUGUCCUCGUUCGCGAACACGACCCCGUUUGCGUCCAACCCGAUCACCACCAAGGCUGAGCUCGCGCAGUAUCUUACCGGCAUCCUCGAUCCCCUUGCGCCCCAUACGUCCCCAGGCGGCGCGCGCAUCCACCUCGGCUUUACCGGCACACAUUACGAUGAGGCCGCCGCCCAGCUCGAGGGCUUCUCGCGCCCCAUCUGGGGGCUCGCCUCCUUGCUCGCGGGAGGCGGCUCGUACCCGGGCGUAGAGCGCUGGGUCAGAGGCUUCGCAAACGGCACAGACCCGGAUCACGAGGAGUUCUGGGGCAACAUGCGCGACAAGGACCAGCGUAUGGUAGAGUGUUCUGCGAUCGGGUUCUCGCUAUCCGUGGCCAAGGAGCAGCUUUGGGACCCACUUCCGGCGGAAGGCAAGCGCCAUCUCGAAGAGUGGCUCGGAGGCAUGAAUGACAAGGAAAUGCCGAACACAAACUGGCUCUGGUUCAGAGUCUUUGCGAACCUCGGCCUCUCAAAAGUCGGCUCUCCACGCUUCGACGGAAAGCGCAUGAAGGCGGACCUUGACCACCUCGACACUUUCUACAUCGGUGACGGGUGGUCACGCGAUGGUCCCGAGGGCGUGGUUCAGCUCGAUUACUACUCUUCGUCGUUCGCCAUUCAAUACGCCCAGCUGGUCUACUCCAAGCUCGCGCAAGCGGAGGACCCGGAGCGGUGCGAGGAGUUCCGCGAUCGCGCCCGCAAGUUCGCCCUAGACUUCGUGCACUAUUUUGAUGAAGAAGGACGCGCGAUCCCGUUCGGAAGAAGUCUCACCUACCGCGCCGCGAUGUCCUCAUUCUGGGGCGCCCUCGCCUUCGCCGACGUCGAUCCUCCUGCCCCCCUCACCUGGGGCGCCGUAAAGGGCCUCCAGCUCCGCAACCUCCGCUACUGGGCGCGCCAGCCCGGCGCAUACUACCCCGACGGCACCUUCACGAUCGGCUUCUGCUACCCGAACCACAACAUGACCGAGAACUACAACUCGCCCGGGAGCCCGUACUGGUUCUGCAAGUCCUUCAUUCCGCUCGCGCUCCCGGAGUCGCACCCCUUCUGGGCGUCCGCCGAGGAGCCGUACCCCGCCGCGCUCCGCAACACGGUCAAGCCGCUCUACAAGCCGCUCCACAUCGCGUGCAACCUCGGCGGACACACCUACAUCCUCUCCUCCGGCCAGCAGUGCUCGUACCCGGUCAAGCAGAGCGCGGCCAAGUACGGCAAGUUCGCGUACUCGUCCGCGUUCGGGUACAGCGUGCCCGUCGGGAGCCUCACGCUCGAGGAGCACGGUGCGGACAGUGCGCUCACGCUGAGUGCCGACGACGGCGAGACGUGGAAGCUCCGCCGCGAGACGAAGGAGGCGCGGUUCGAGCACGGCGGGCGCUGGCUGCGCUCGAUGUGGUACCCGUGGAAGGACGUGUCCGUCGAGACGUGGCUCGUCCCGCCUACGCCCGACACGCCGCUGUGGCACCUGCGCGUCCACCGCAUCCGGUCCGCGCGCGCUCUCAUCUCCGCAGAGGGUGGCUGGGCGAUUUACGGGCAGCGCGCGGACGACAGGGCGUUGGAGCCGUCGACCGGGGAGGCGUUCGGCACGCUCGAAAACGGGAGUGAGGCCCGCGCAACGUCCAAGGCGGGCGUUUCUGGAAUCGCGGAGCUUGGCGGCAGGGCGAGUAGGAAGGGCAAGGCUAUGAGGACGGACUCGAACACGAACCUCAUGGUCCCUCGUGCAGUCCUGCCGACGCUCAUAGAAGAACACGAGUCUGCUGGAGGGGACACAUGGCUGGUCACCGCUGUGUUUGGCUUGCCUUCCGUGAAUGGUGCAAAUGGUGCGGCCGCCGGAUGGGAGGCGGAGUGGAAGAAGCGACCCGUGAUUCCAGAGGAGAUCUCAGCGCUCAUGAUUUGAAGAGAUGUUUAUCAUUGUAUUUUAUAGGCCUAACAUACGGUUUUGCAUUCGCC